AUGUUAAAUCAAAAAAAAACUAUUCAAGAAGGUGAUAGAGUUGUAAUAUAUAGUGGCAAGGAUAAUAUGAGUAUGUUGACAUUAGAGGCCGGAGGUCAAUAUAACAGCAAAUAUGGAUCAUAUAAACACAAAAAUAUUAUAGGUAAAGAAUACGGUAGCAAAGUUACAUCAGACAAUAGUAAUGGAUUUGUGCAUGUUGUUGGAAUGACACCAGAGCUUUGGAGUAUUACAUUAGAUCAUCGUACACAAAUUUUAUUUAAUCUCGAUAUCUCAACUAUUAUAUUCAAUUUAGAAAUUAAAAACGGCAGUAAAGUAGUAGAGUCAGGUACAGGUAGUGGCAGUUUAUCAAGCUCAAUCGCAAGAACUGUAGCACCAAAAGGUCAUUUAUUUACAUUUGAAUUCCAUGAAGAGCGUGUCAAGGCAGCAAGAAAAGAUUUUAAAGAAAACGGUUUAGAUAAAUAUAUUACAGUAACCCAUCGUGAUGCAUGUGGAAAAGAGGGUUUUCGUCGUGAUGAUAUUGAAGGUAUGGUUGGUUCCAUCGAUGCUGUAUUUUUAGAUCUUCCAUCACCAUGGGAUGCAGUUGACAAUGCAGUUGCUGUCAUGCACCAUGGCUCAAUGUUAUGCUCUUUUUCACCAUGUAUUGAACAAGUUCAAAAAACCUGUAUAAAAUUAUCAGAAUCCAAAUUUCAAGAAAUCAAAACAGUCGAAGUUUUAAUUCGUACCUUUGACACAAGAUUACAAGAAUAUGAAGAGUUAGACCUCGCAAAUCCAUAUAAAACAAAUGAUUACUCUCAAAACACUAAAAAGAAUUUCGAAAUUGGCGGUAUCAAGGGUUAUAAAAAUGAUAGUUUACUUUCAAAACCAUUCACAGAAGCUCGUGGACACACUGGUUAUUUAUCUUUUGCACGUUAUUUACCAAGUGCUUAA